UGGAAGGUGCUGAGUGGUCUAGAGAGCAACCAGGUAUCCAGAGGAACUUUGGUUUGUGGGUGUUCCUUCCAAAGGGAGAGAGUUACAAUGUAAAAGUUCAGGGCAAUGAGGAAAAGCCAAGGUUUUGUGGGAAUCCUGGGCGGGUUGUUACCUGUACAAUUGCCCAUGUCCUUGGCUGCAGCCCUGAGCAAGGAGAGCCCAGCUGCUUUUCCAGCUGGAUUCAGCACUGCGUUCUGGGACUGAGAGUGAGAAGCCCUUUUCCUUGGUUUCCUACUUGAAGCAGUGUUUGUUUUCCUCCUCAGCUGAUUUUGGCCUCUGUGCUGUGCUCAGCCCUGAGCACAGGAAACGGAGGUCGAUGGUCGGGACCACUUACUGGAUGGCACCCGAGGUGGUGAGAAGAGAGCCUUACGGCCCCAAAGUGGACACCUGGUCUCUUGGGAUUGUGGGAAUAGAAAUGGCCACAGGAGAGGCUCCUUAUAUGCAGGAGACCAGUGUCAAGGCCAGCUACCUGAUAGGCAAGCAAGGGGUUCCAAAUCUGCACCAGCUCAGGCUCCCCCCUGGCUUGUGUGAAUUUCUGGGCUGCUGCCUGCAGAUGGAUGUGGACAGGCGAGGCUCUGCCAAGGAACUUCUGCAGCAUCCAUUUCUGCAAUCAGCGGAGCCUCUCUUAAGCCUCUUCUGACAGCCUGAUUGCUGCCAUCCCUGCAGCAAGGGAAUGCAAGAAGCAAAGGAGAUGACAAGGUGUGAGAGUCUGUCCGAAACUUCCCUCAUUUUUUGCCUCUCGAUCGUCAUGAAAGCCAAGACCACCGGGGAAAGGGAAAGAUCCUGUUCUGAAAAUCCAGGUCUGUCUGGUCCACCAAGCCAGAUUAUUGCCUACGGGUGUGUUUGCUCAACUCAUGGAACACUGCACCCAAGAAGGGGCAGUGUGCUCUCCUUCGCCUGCAUCACCUAGCAACGCUAGUGCUGGAAUUUCUCCACCCUUCUGACUUGGCUGGACUUUCUCUCUGGAAUGACCUUUCUGGAGGUCACCACAAAAGGACCCUCCAUUCACCGUACAUCAACCACCGUGACAGAUGGACUGAGAUGGGAGAAGGUUCUCCCCUCAAGGACUGAGACGUGUGACCUCUACAUGGAAAAGCUCCCCUCUUUUGCCAAAAGGACUAAGACUGAAAUCCCCACCGUAGGGUGAGGGAAGGUAUGCGUGGGGACCGGAGCAAGUUUUGCAAGCGACCACUGGACCGAGAAGACAAUGGUUCCUGCCUAUGACAUCUGCUGCUGAUGACGCCUGUUCCUGAUGGACUACUGAUGGACUCCUUGUACCCUUUAUCAAUAGACUAUUUUGAAAUGGGUCCCCUUCCCCCAUUUCAAAAGGACUAUAAAAAAGGUUAGACCUGACUGAUACCUUUGAGAUCUCCCUUGACGUGAAGAGGACAGGCCUCUUUAUCGACCGGACUUCGAGGGACUUUGUCAUCUGCACAUCUGGUAGCUAUAUACCUCCUUGCCCUCCCUCUCUUCUUUUUCUUUUCCUUAUCCUUUUCCCUUUCUUCAUUCCCCUUCUCUCUAACGCAUCUUUGCUAUGGCUAUUUAAUAAAAGUACAUGUAUUUUGAUUUUACUGCAAAUCCCCUUGUCGUGUCAGUUUUUGCACUCUGAGAUCAGUGAAAAAGAACCUACACGAAUCACGUCCUUAGGACGGAUCAUGUCAUAAAUUGGAUCUUGGUCACGGAUCUUGGGUUCUGGGGACGGAGGAGUCUGCAGGUUACGUGUAGUUUGUAACAGGGGAAGGACGUUUCACGGCAGCCGCACCUAAACCGUCAAGUUUCCCGAAAGGGGUUGAAUGGAUUUAGAAAGCAAGGGCUGUGAUUCGAAUUUCCCGCAUACUGCACGAACCAAGGCGGAAAAAGCAUUCUCCAAACUCUUUUUGAGGGUUCUGUCUCCAGAAUAUCACAAAAGAUCUCUUGGUGCAAAAGGGGAAAAAAAAAAACAAACCAAACUGUUUCUGUUGUAAGAGUGUGUUUAACUGUCUGGGAAGGAAGAGACACCUUGAAGAAACUAAGCAGGGCCUCCCAGAUUGAUACUGUCUCUUCAACUGUGUGUGUGUGUGUUUAACUGUCUGGGAAGGAAGAGACACCUUGAAGAAACUAAGCAGGGCCUCCCAGAUUGACUCUGUCUCUUCAGCCACCCAGGGAAAAAGUUGAGUGAAGGGAAAACACAGUGUGUGAUUGUGUAACCGAAAACACCUCCCUGUUGUGGUCCCUAGUCCCUUCACAAAAUGAAUGAAUAUUUUGGUGCCAAGGCAAAAACUGAUUUUUACACACUACUUGCUAAACACAAUGCAAAACCUUCACCAGGCGGAGAGGCCUGGGCAAAGAACAAUUGGUUUAAUUUAGAAAAUGUUGUUGGUAGAAUAUGUUCUCUGCAGCAUGAAACAAAAUUUAAACUUGGUAAAGAUAAAACCAUCCUCUGCUCAGUUUUGGGAGCCUGCCUCACAGCAGCCAUAGAAACUCGCUUUAAGCGAAGAAGUGAGGAAAAUGCUAUAAUAGACUCCCUUCAAAACUUAGUUGGAGUUUUGCAAAAACAAUUAGAUGAAGAAAGAAAUGAAAAUAAUUUAUUACGGGCUGCCUUGAGAGAGGUACAUGUUAAAAAUUCACAGAACUUUGAUUCCUCAAAAGAAACAGAGGAGAAGGAAACUUCUCACCUUAAUCAAAAUUACCCCCAAAAAGAAUUAGUUCUGAUGAAAAAUUUUGGGGAACACUGUUGUUGCAAUAGCAUGAAACCUCAAAUUAAAACAGAAUGCAACUAUAUUAGUGAUGAGGACUUUGACCCACAUAUAAUCACUAAAGAAACCCCAUACACUGCUACUGAAUUAACAAAACUUGCAAAGCAGUAUGGGCUUCUCUCCCACAAAACUGAAACAAAAUCUCUCACUGGGAAAGUUCAAACACAUUUGUCAGAACAAGAAGCCGGUGGGUACUGGGGACAUGGAGUGUUCUUAACAACGGGAGACAGACGCAUCCCAUGGUCCCUAAUUCAGCAUAUAGCUUAUUGGACAGAGGGGCUUAACCCCUCGGAAAGGGGAAACCUUUUAACCAUAGCUGGUACCCCUGACCAACUCCUGGAAAACAUUCACAAAGCUGCCUGCUUGCAAAUAAUGCAUGAAAGAAAACCAACUACAAGCUAUGAGUCACCAAUGCAAUCACCUGUAAAGUCUAAAAUUAUGACCUCUUUAAUUCAAAGGUUUACAGAAACACUUAAACCUAUAGCAAUUUUCCCUCAAAAACCCAUAGCAGCUAUGUCCCCUAUAGAAACACCAGAUAAACUUCUUAGUAACCAGAAUAACCCAUUUGUUCCCUCUUAUGACUUGCCGAGAAAAGGGAUAAAAUGGGAUUGGAGUCUUUCUCAAGAGAAAGCACUGCAAUCGCUGAUUUUUGAAGCAACAGCUCACCAACCACUGGACCCUAUCCAUCCUACAGAUCCCUUUCAGGUAGAGUGGGGAUUUGCCUCCUCAGGGUUAUCAGUACACAUUGGGCAGCGGGGUCCCGAGGGUCCGACAAGGCCUGUUGGUUUUUAUUCCCAUGGUUUCAAAGAUGCUGAGAGAAGAUACUCUACCUGGGAAAGAGGUUUGUCUGUGGUUGGCUUAACUCUCACAGGAGUAGAAAAAAACUUAGCAAUACAAGAAACUGAGAGCUUGGGUAGCAGCCAAAACAAGCUUGCCUCUGUGAUUAAAGCAACCCCUCCUUUCUUCCCCACUUCUGCUAACAGAGAGGGAGAAGGCAGUGCUCAGGUAGAGGAACUGUUAACCAUUUGUAGUAUUUUCCAGUGUAAGGGACAGAAUUAUUUUCUUGUCGGUAUUAACAUCAAGUCCUAUGCCGCACUUGUAUUUGUGUGGUUUCAGGCCGAUGCUUUUAAAAGAGCUACAGGAAAUAAUACUGUUAAAGCAAUACAGGGAUGGUUUGGAAUUUUCCUAACCCCACAGGAAAUUCAAUCUGAUAAUGUUUCUCACUUUACGGUCAAAAGCGCGCAGGAUUGGGCAAAAGGUGAAGGGAUUGAAUGGACUUCUCACACCCCUUACGAUAGAUGGGGGGCAAAUGGGUGUCCUAAAAUCACUGCUUUUUGCCUGACAGCUCCAAGCAUAAUUCCUUCACUACACGGACCAGAUGAUUUCAAGAACCCAGCACAUUACCCUGGACAACCUGUUUUUGGUGGACCACCCCCUAUUGUAGGGGAAGUACCACUGGUGUUAAAAACCUCUCUGACAAUCCCAUUAUUCUAACUCUUUCUGCCUCUUCGUGGCAGAUUCUGUUGUGCUUAUUUUUUACAGAAGAACUCUGUGGGACAUGAAGACCUGAGAAACCAUGAUAACACUAGCAUUAUACAACAAAUAUAAUGUUUUCCUUUCCCUUUAUGGUAACACAAAGUGAUAAUAUUACACUUAACAUGUAAAUUAAGUAAACUUGAACAAAUUGGCCGCUAUGAGUGAAAAUCUGACCAAAUUACAGCAACCACUGCAAUCAUCCUUAACACAUCAGUGGCUGCUAUCAAACAUACUACCAAAUUGGGAAAAGGUAAAUGUAAACGACCACAAAUUGGUGAUUGAUGCACUCAAUGCCACACAAAAUAAUGUUUCUUUGUCUCUCAGCUGUAUUCAGGCUCAAUUGUGGAUGCAGUCAGUUGCUGCCUCAAUUAUAAAAGAAGGUGAAGAAGGCACUUUUCCCACUGAAAUUUGAAAAAUAAUCUGGGACAGUGCUACUGACUUUGAAAGAGAAUUCCAAUCCUGGUGGAAUUUGGUGAAUUUCACUUAUAACCCCAUUUCAAACACGGCCACAGCUUUUAUGUUAACCAUACGUAGUGCUUCAGUACAUUUGGUUUUUCCUACUAUAGCAUUAGGGAUAAAUCAUGACGGAGCUAUCCUCUAUCCUUCGGAGCAUAAGGAAUGGGCCCGUCAGAUUAACAACAAAUGGCAAACUGUCAAUCUGGAAUCUUGUACUGUCCGUGAACAACAAGGGUUCAUCUGUGAAAGCAAUGCAAUCAUAGCCCAGGACAUCUGUCUGGACAGAGAGCAGAAUAUCUGUCACUUUGAAAUACAUCCUAACGAGACUUCUGAAACGGUUCUCAUAUACAUAGACAAUGGAUGUGCAUGCUUUAGAACUGCCUGUGAUCUUGUAUUUGUAGAAAAUGUAGUAGUGGAUACUAGGAAUCAUUCAAAUUUCUGUGCUUGUAAUUUUACCAGAAUUGUAGGAUGUGAUUUCUCUUAUGUAGCUCCAGUUACCUCUCACCAGCUUUUGCAAUCUAAUUACACCCUGAUUCACAAAUUGAUACCUACUCCAAUUGGGAUGAACCUCACUUUGGUAAAGCAGUUGCUGCUCCACCAAGACUUGGCUGAGAUUCUGGGAAAGAUCAAGAAAGAUGGGCAGAAGACCCUAGUAACUGUUCAUCACAAUGUAAAACAAAUACACCGUGUCAUGGGAAAGAGUAAAGAGAGAUGCCGAGCACAAGUGGUGGGAUACUCUUUUUGGGUGGUCACCAACUGCCACAAGUGUCCUGAACACCAUGUGUCAUCCUAUUGUUGUCCUUUUGAUCCUGGUUUCGAUUGGUUUUGUUUUGUCAGCAAUCUUGUUUGUCAUGAAUUGGAGAAUGAUGAAACGGUUCACAAGACUGACGUCCAUAAUUAAUGCACACAAUUUGGCUGAUGUCCUUUUUACUAUGGACGUCCCCAAGACAAUUGACACAAGACGAUUAUGAAUCAGUAGAUGUGUUUUGAAAUAACUUUUUAUCUUCCAUUUUGUGACUUUGUUAAAUUUAUAUUCAUUUGAUUAUUGCUUUUACUUUUGACCAUUUGUGAUUUUAUUUUGAUUAUUUGAUUACCAUUUGUGAUUUUUCAAUUAUUUAAGAUAAUAAUUUGUGAUUUUGUUCCAAUUAUUAUUUUGAUCAUUUUCAAUUAUUAUUUAAUUAUUUGCUAAAAAAGUUGUUUUGAUUUUGUUUUGCUAAUUGCUUCUCUUUUUCGCCCUUCUUUUAUUUCUUCUUAUCUUUUUUUUUCCUCUUUUCCUCUCCCUCUGUCGUACUGUCCCUAUUUUCUGAGGUAUGCUACCAGCAUGAAGGAGACUUGAAGACCUGCUGAUGAAGAUCCUUUCAAGACAAUCGUGAGUCACGGGGUCGUGUGAGAGUCUGUCCGAAACUUCCCUCAUUUUUUGCCUCUCGAUCGUCAUGAAAGCCAAGACCACCGGGGAAAGGGAAGGAUCCUGUUCUGAAAAUCCAGGUCUGUCUGGUCCACCAAGCCAGAUUAUUGCCUACGGGUGUGUUUGCUCAACUCAUGGAACACUGCACCCAAGAAGGGGCAGUGUGCUCUCCUUCGCCUGCAUCACCUAGCAACGCUAGUGCUGGAAUUUCUCCACCCUUCUGACUUGGCUGGACUUUCUCUCUGGAAUGACCUUUCUGGAGGUCACCACAAAAGGACCCUCCAUUCACUGUACAUCAACCACUGUGACAGAUGGACUGAGAUGGGAGAAGGUUCUCCCCUCAAGGACUGGGACAUGCGACCCCUACAUGGAAAAGCUCCCCUCUUCUUCCCAAAAGGACUAAGACUGAAAUCCCCACCGUAGGGUGAGGGAAGGCGUGCGUGGGGACCGGAGCAAGUUUUGCAAGCGACCACUGGACCGAGAACACAAUGGUUCCGGCCUACGACAUCUGCUGCUGACGACGCCUGCUCCUGAUGGACUACUGAUGGACUCCUUGUACCCUUUAUCAAUAGACUAUUUUGAAAUGGGUCCCCUUCCCCCAUUUCAAAAGGACUAUAAAAAGGUUUAGAGCUGACUGAUACCCUGGAGAUCUCCCCUGACGUGAAGAUGACAGGCCUCUUUGUCGUCCGGACUUCGAGGGACGUUGUCAUCCGCAACUCUGGUAGCUAUAUACCUCCUUGCCCUCCCUCUCUUCUUUUUCUUUUCCUUAUUCUUUUCCCUUUCUUCAUUCCCCUUCUCUCUAACGCAUCUUUGCUAUGGCUAUUUAAUAAAAGUACAUGUAUUUUGAUUUUACUGCAAAUCCCCUUGUCGUGUCAGUUUUUGCACCCUGAGAUCAGUGAAAAAGAACCUACACGAAUCACGUCCUUAGGAAGGAUCGUGUCAGCUAUGAAGGACA